AUCUGGACACAGCUUCAUCUUUUAUAUGCCCACACUUCCCAGUGUAAUUCCAGCAGUUGUGGGUUUGAAUCCCGCUGCCUCCCAGUGGACGUGUCCUUUUUAGGAGCGCCCCCAGGAGAGGGAGUCUAACGCCACGUCUGUGGGAACGUUUGGAAACUUGUUCCGCUGAUUUCGCGUUUUACUUUCGGCUCAGCUGAUCCCACUUUAGCCUGGUGAUCAAUUACCAACGCGUGGUGGGCAAACUGGGAGGCCAAUUCAGACUUUACUGUAAAAUAGAAAAACUAAAUGGCUUAAUUAAUGAAAUUACUCGCACCCGGUGAUCUUUUCUUAGAUGAGUUUAAUUUAGUCUGACUGUCCCAACAUCCACCCUCUCUGGCUCUCAUUCAGCUCUGAAGUGGCUCAGCUGUGGCAUGUUGGGUUAAUGGUUUGUCUUAAUUGGGUUCACCUGGACUUUGAAGACCAAAUUAAGACAAAAUGUUUGUUUUUUUCUGUGAAAAUGGCUUUAACUAAUGCGUUAAAACCCCUUUUUCUGUCAGAAUUUCCCUUUACUGGCACACUUUGGGCAUCAAGAGCUGCUGCAGCUGUAGGCGCUUUAGUUCUGGCUUCAGUCCAGCUACCAGAAGCUUCAAUUACUAGAGAACUGGAUGAACCGACUCCUCUUGGGGAAGAUGAGGGAUUCGAGUCGAACCGAGAGGCUCCACAUGGCGUGAUUAGGUAUAACAUGAGGAGGAGUCUGGAUCUGGAACAAGAGGGCUGCUACCUGCAGACUGGAAGGGAGGCCUGUUUAGUGGAGUGUGGCUUCAACGCUACAGCCAAGACGAUCUUCAUCAUCCACGGCUGGACGAUGAGCGGCAUGUUUGAAAGCUGGAUGCAGAAGCUUGUGUCGGCGGUGAUGGAGCGGGAGAAGGAAGCCAACGUGGUGGUGGUGGACUGGAUCCCGCUGGCGCAGCAGCUUUACCCGGACGCCGUCAACCACACGCACAGCGUGGGCCUCAACAUUGCUGCCUUGCUCAACUGGCUGCAGGAUGUGCUGCAGCUGCCUCUGGAGAACGUGCAUCUGAUUGGCUACAGUCUGGGCGCCCACGUUGCUGGCUAUGCAGGGAUGUUUGUGGACGGAACCAUUGGCAGAAUCACUGGUCUGGACCCAGCGGGACCCAUGUUUGAAGGUGCAGAGGAGCAUCAACGCCUGUCGCCAGACGACGCAGACUUUGUGGAUGUUCUGCACACCUACACUCGAGAGGCGUUGGGUGUGAGCAUUGGGAUCCAGCAGCCAAUUGGAGACAUCGACAUCUACCCCAACGGUGGAGAUGUGCAGCCUGGCUGUUCGUUUACUGAUGUGCUCGCAGUGGCAGGAAAUUUCAUGGAGGUGAUGAAGUGUGAGCACGAGCGAGCCGUGCACUUGUUUGUGGACUCCCUGAUGAACAAGGAGCACGCGAGCUACGCUUACCAGUGCACCGGUCCGGGUCGCUUCAAGAAGGGAGUCUGCCUCAGCUGCCGCAAAAACCGCUGCAACAACAUUGGCUACAACGCCAGGAAGAUGCGCAAGAGGAGGAACAGCAAAAUGUACCUGAAGACGCGAGCCAACACUCCAUUUGGAGGCUACCACUACCAGAUGAAGAUGCACGUGUUUGACAGGCAGGAGUCCAACAACGCCGAUCCCACCUUCUACGUGAAGCUGUACGGCGCCCACAGUGACACGGGAAAUAUCUUUGUUGUCCAUGAAGACCAAAUCGGCCUGAAUCUGACAAACACGUUCCUGGUGUUCACUGAGGAGGACAUCGGCGACUUGCUGAAGAUUCGUCUCAGCUGGGAGGGCCAGUCCGAGUCCUUCAGCUCCGUCUUCAAGUACUUUAAGUCCUCCUUGUGGAACUGGAACACCAAGGCUACCAAACCUGUACUGGAAGUUCGGCGGAUUCGCGUGAAAGCUGGAGAAACGCAGAAAAAGUUUACGUUCUGUGUAGAAGACCUUUCUAAAGCCCAAAUCUCACCUGGGGAGUCGUUAACUUUUGUGAAAUGUAGAGACGGCUGGGAAGUGAAACCAAGACAAAGGCUGCCCAUGUAACGACUCACACUAGCAAUCACCAAUGCACCGUCACCACGGGUGGACCCAUCGGGGAGGAGCGCCGCCUUCUCUCCAUUUGAGCACUUUCAUUGGAUCGGCACACGGUGUGGGGGGGCACGGGCUCAGUCUUCUGGACUCUGGAAUGUUUCUUCAAUUGGCUUUGGGGUCUGGAACCGGAGAAGGCUGCAAGUGGUGCCCAGGCUUGUGUUGGCAGCGGUCCGGUUGCGUUGAGGCUGAUGGACCGACUACAGAACGUUCCUGAAUGUGUGAAGUAGAGCACUGACCUGUGCCAGUGGGCGUGUCGGCAGUUAGUGGUAUAGAUGUACUGUAUGUAUUUUUUAAAUAUUUUAUUUAUAAAGCUAAAUUAAAAGCACUGCAAGACCAAGAUAAUUUAAUUGGCACAUCCCAUAAUGACCCAUGUUUGUUCCAGAUGCAGUAUUUGUGUGUUUGUGUGUGUCUGUGACCAAGAGUGGUCUUUCUGCUGAGAUUACUGAUGCACUGACCCGUCAGAUGUAAUAUAGCGUAGUGUUGAAGGCUCUUAUGGGGUGUGUCUGUACAUAAUGUAAAUAACUUUUUUGGGAAAAGAAAUAAAGUCAAAUGUUUAUA